AUGAAAUAAGUCAUCUUCCUAGUUAUGCUAAUUACAUUGUCUCUACAAACUUCAUUGUAGUCUAAAGUAGAUGUUGUUAUGGCACAGAUGGAUAAAAUGGCACUCAAGAAUGAAUUUUCAAAGCAAUUAGCUGGUUUAAUCGAACUCAAAAUGUUAUAAAGUUCAUAUGUUGAGGAAGUUUUGAAAGAAAUAAAAGGCAUCAGAGAUUAAUUAAUCUCAGAUUAAACAAUAGAGGAUCAAGAAUUUGCCAAAAAAAUAGGAUAAUUGAAUGUCGAAAUAGAAAUUUUGGAAAUCUAAACAGAAAAAUUAGCUAAAGAAUUGCAAAGACUUAAUCAACAGAUUGCAGAUUUAAAUGAAGAUAUUAGUAAACUAAUUGGCACUUAAUAAUCAUAAGAAAAACAAUUAUCAACUUUGAAUUCGAAAGAAGAAGAUAUCAGAAACCAAUAUAAAUUAGAAAUUGAAAAUAUUUCAUAAAGAACAACAAACAAUAUAAAAUCUAUUGAUGGAUUAAAUGAAAUGAUUGCAAAACUUUAGUAGGCUGUAUUUGCUGAAUAAAGCAAAACAACUGUCCUCUCUAUGUUGAUCAACUUGCUAACUCUUUGGGACCAAAUCAUCCUAUUACAGCACUUGUUUCUGUAACUACCAAGUUUGAUGUUCCCACUGUUACUAGAAUUAUUUAAUUGCUUGAAAAUAUUCGAGAUCCAAGAGGAACGCAUAAAUGCAGGUGCAAAUGAAUACGUUGCUAAAGUUACAUAAUCUUAUGAAGUUACACUUAAAGAAGUCACUGAAGUUAGAGAAAGACUCAGUGCUGAUUAUUCAAGAACAAUUGUUACCUUAAAAAGAAGAAAUGAAGAAAAUGCAUUAUCUACGAAAAGCAGAAAUCAAAUCUAAAAGGAUUUACCUAUUGCAUUAGAUUUGCUAUAAUAAUAUAGAAAUGAGAGGGAAAUAGUCCAAUCAAAUUAUAAUCUAAGGUCAGCUAAGAGGGAAAAUGAAGUUAAAAUUAUUACAUAAGCAUAUACUAUUGUUGCCCAAUAAGUCAAGGUUUGA